AUGGGUAGCAUCUUCUCCUCCCUCAAGCAAUGCGCCCAAGUCUACACCUGGCAGCACCCUGCGACGACCAAUUCCAGCCAGACCAGAGUGCCGUUGCCGCUGCCAUCUCGACGCACCAUGUCAAAGGAAGAGGUCCAGAGUCACAGGAAAAAAUACUCGUUCAUUGCCGAUAACUUCACUUCCCUUGAUCAGGUUACUGCCGCCUUGAGAGAAGCGGGACUGGAGUCAUCUAAUCUCAUCGUCGGCAUUGAUUUUACGAAAAGCAAUGAGUGGACUGCCACAACCCAUGAUCAAGAGGUCUUCAGCUUUCACAGUGAUCAUUCUCCUUGCCACGGAUUCGAAGAAGUUUUGACCUGCUACAGACGGAUCGUUCCGAAUUUGAGACUUGCAGGUCCGACAUCAUACGGACCAGUGGUUGAGGCGGCAGUCGACAUUGUGGAGAGAAGUGGCGGGCAGUUUCAUGUAUUGAUCAUUAUUGCCGAUGGUCAGGUUACAAAGAGCGUUAAUACCCGGGAUGGGGAGCUGAGUCUGCAGGAAGAAAGGACGAUCCAAUCAAUCGUGACUGCGAGUUCAUAUCCGCUUUCUAUAAUCCUUGUUGGAGUGGGUGAUGGACCGUGGGAUGACAUGAAGAAGUUCGACGACAAGAUCCCCGCCCGUGAUUUUCAUAAUUUUCAGUUUGUCAAUUUCACCGGUAUUAUGUCAAGAAGUGGAACUCAAUCCGAGAAGGAAGCUUCAUUUGCUCUUGCUGCUCUCAUGGAGAUCCCGUUUCAGUACAAAGCAGUCAUGGAACUCUGCAUUCUCGGCCGUGUUAUGGGGAAAGCUAAGAGGGUAAAUCCACGCCCUCCUCCACUUCCUCACCAUCCACAUGCCACCCUUACUCGUGAACCAAGCAACCCUACAGCCACCACAGUAGACGAUCAGAACCAGGCCUGUCCUAUUUGCCUGACAAAUCGCAAGGACAUGGCAUUUGGCUGUGGUCACAUGACUUGUAGAGAGUGCGGACCAAGGGUGCGGAACUGUCCUAUAUGCCGGCAGCCAAUCAGCAGUCGCAUUCGGGAAUGGGCUUCGCCCGGCCAUGAUCUGACCAUGCCAUGCCUCAGAAAAGCCGACCAUCAAUGGCAGGCGGCCUGA